AUGAGAUCGAGAAGAUGGUGCACAUCUGGGUCGACGGGUGCGCUCUCGCGGCGUUCCACGCGCCCACCGGCGACGUCGAGGAGGACCGACAGUUCCUUGGAGUUCAGGAGGCUGGUGCUAGAGCUGAUGAUGGCUUGCCGCACCGCCGCGACCGUCCGCGACGGGAGCGCCCGCGUGGCUGCCGGCGGCGACGCCGCGGCCGUCGGCGCGACGCUGCUGGUCCCUGCCGCGCCCACGGUUGUGCGGUGCGCAUGGCGCGGAUGGCCUUCGCGGUGCCAGAGGGUGGCGCGUGCGGCCGUGCGGGUCCGGGCGCUGCUCGAGCUGACGCCGGCGCGGAAGCCCCGCGCGGUGGCCGAAGCGUGGACGUGGCUGCGUGCGCCACUGCGUGUUCGCGCGAGACGCCGCCACGCGCCGUGCGACGACGAUCUGCACAACGCUGCCCUCGACCGCGACGGCGGAGGGCGGCGGGAGCGAUGCGGCGGACCCGCUCGGCCUGCUGCUGCGCGAGGCCGACCCGACGGCCUCGGCGGAGCCCGGGUCGGCCGCGGCGAUCAACGCGGAGCGCGCUGGGGGCUGCAGAAUGCCGCGGGGCAGUUCGGUAAGGACAUCACGUCGCUGGCGGCGCUGCUGUCGAGCGGACUCGAGGCGGAGGUGCAACUGUCGGCGGGCUAUCAGCUGCUGCUGCUCGCGCGCGCGGGGCGGCUCGACGGUCGCUCUGCCCGCCCCGAGCCGAUGUUGCUCGGGCGCCUACAGCUCGCGCGCGCCCCCGCGUAG